UGAGCAGGAAGUAGUCACUAUUUUUAGCCCUGUUAGAGCUGUUUGAAGAUGUCUCUUUUAGAAUGUCUUCUCCAGACAUCGAGCACAGUGACACUGCUGGGGGCUCUGCUGUUUCUGCUGGCCCUUUACCGCCUCUCCUCUGGUUCCAACUCUGAGGAACAGGGGAAGCAGCCUCCAGGACCGAGGCCUAUGCCCCUGCUUGGUAACAUGCUCCAGCUGGAUCUCAAGAGGCCCCACCGCAGCCUCUGUGAGCUGUCCAAGAAAUAUGGGUCUGUUUUCACGGUUCAUUUUGGACCCACAAAAGUGGUCAUCCUGGCAGGAUACAAGACGGUCAAGCAGGCGCUGGUCAACCAUGCAGAGGAGUUUGGGGACAGGGGCAUGCUUCCUGUGUUGUAUGAUUUCACCAAUGGACACGGUAUUCUGUUUGGCAAUGGAGACUCAUGGAAAGAGAUGAGGCGCUUUGCCCUGGCAAACCUUAGAGACUUUGGGAUGGGCAAGAAAGGGAGUGAGGAGAAAAUCUUAGAGGAAAUUCAUUACCUGAUCGAAGUGUUGGAAAAACAUGAGGGUAAAGCAUUUGACACAACCCAGCCAUUGAGUUAUGCUGUCGCCAACGUAAUCUCCAACAUUGUGUACGGCAGCAGGUUUGAAUACUCUGACUCCAAGUUCCGAGCCACAGUGGAUCGAGCCAAUGAGAACCUACGAAUUGCAGGCUCCGUUUCAGUUCAGUUGUACAACAUCUUCCCCUGGCUGGGCCCUUGGCUGAAAAGCAGGAAGCUUUUGUUGAAGAAUAUUGAGAACAACAAGAAGGAGAUGGAGGAGCUGGUGAGGGGCCUGAAGGAGACUCUCAACCCUCAGAUGUGUAGAGGCUUUGUGGACUCGUUCCUCGUCCGAAAGCAGACCCUGGAGGAAUCUGGCAACAAGAACUCUCACUACCAUGACAACAACCUGAUAUCCUCUGUGAGAAACAUGUUUUCUAAUGGUACUAACACCACAGGGACAACGCUACGCUGGGCUUUGAUGCUAAUGGCCAAGUACCCUCUUAUACAGGACCGGGUCCUGGAGGAGAUCAGCAGCGUCAUAGGAAGUCGUCAGCCCUUAGCAGAGGACAGGAAGAACCUGCCCUACACUGAUGCAGUGAUCCAUGAGACCCAGAGACUGGCCAACAUUUUACCCAUUGCCAUCCCCCACACCACCAGCCGAGACAUCACCUUCCAGGGAUAUUUCAUCAAGAAGGGGACGCUUGUGUUUCCUCUACUGACGUCUGUCCUACAAGACGGAAGCGAAUGGGAGAGCCCACACACCUUUAACCCCGCCCACUUUCUGGAUGAGGAAGGUCGAUUCACCAAGAGGGAUGCCUUCAUGCCCUUCUCUGCAGGUCGUAGGGUGUGUCUGGGGGAGGGUCUGGCCAGGAUGGCGCUCUUCCUCUUCUUCACCUCCCUCCUGCAGCGCUUUCAUUUCUCUCCUCCUCCUGGAGUAACAGAGGAUGAUCUGGACCUCACACCAUCCGUGGGUUUCACCCUCAAUCCUUCACCUCACCAGCUCUGUGCUGUGAGCCGGGUCUGAGAUGCGUCUGGGCCUAAUGUAUAUUAUACAUGACUUAGAACAAAUGCUCCACUUUAGACAAACAUGCUGAAAUGGGUUACCUCACCAGCUGUGUGCUGUGAGCCGGGUCUGAGAUGAGUCUGGGCCUAAUGUAUAUUAUACAUGACUUCGAACAAAUGCUCCACUUUAGACAAACAUGCUGAAAUGGGUUACCUCACCGGCUGUGCUGUGAACCAGGUCUGAGAUGAGACCAGUCCCUCAAUGGUUUUGGUUUAAUUUUAUUGCUCUACAAUCCAACAAUGUAAUUGAUUGAUACAAAGCACUGCUAUUAUGUAUGUACAGAAUGCAAUUGUUUUUGCUUGCUGUCCUGCCUUGUCUGGACAGCUGUUGCUAAGUAAAGUCAAUCAUUUUUCUA